AUGUCAGAUUCACAACAAUCAAUCACCGUUCUAGAAGAGCUUUUCCGAAAGUUGGAAACUGCUACUUCAGAAACAAGAGAGGGUAUUUCUUCGGAGCUUUCCUCAUUUUUAAACGGGAACAUCAUCGAGCAUGACGUUCCCGAAGUUUUUUUUGAUGAAUUUCAAAAAGCUAUCCAGAGUAAACAAAAGGCGCUCAACACGCUGGGUGCGGUGGCUUACAUAGCAAAUGAAACUAAUCUAUCACCUUCUGUUGAACCGUACAUAGUUGCGACGGUCCCUUCUGUAUGCAGUAAAGCUGGUAGUAAAGAUAAUGAUGUUCAACUUGCGGCAACAAAGGCCCUCAAAGCCAUCGCUAGUGCUGUUAACCCGGUUGCCGUUAAAGCACUCUUACCUCAUUUGAUUCAUUCGCUGGAAACUAGCAACAAGUGGAAAGAGAAGGUUGCUGUUCUCGAAGUAAUCUCUGUAUUGGUAGAUGCCGCUAAAGAACAGAUUGCCUUAAGAAUGCCGGAACUAAUUCCCGUUCUUUCGGAAUCCAUGUGGGACACUAAGAAAGGAGUUAAGGAGGCGGCAACGACAACCAUCACAAAGGCAACUGAAACUGUUGAUAAUAAGGAUAUUGAGAGAUUUAUUCCAAAAUUAAUCGAAUGUAUUGCAAAUCCAAAUGAGGUGCCUGAAACCGUUCAUCUCUUGGGUGCAACUACUUUUGUAGCCGAAGUAACUCCAGCGACUUUGUCUAUUAUGGUUCCUUUAUUGAGCAGAGGUUUAGCCGAGAGAGAAACCUCUAUAAAACGUAAAGCUGCGGUUAUUAUCGAUAAUAUGUGUAAAUUGGUUGAAGACCCGCAAGUUGUUGCUCCAUUCUUAGGUAAACUACUACCAGGGCUAAAGAACAAUUUUGCUACUAUUGCUGAUCCUGAAGCGCGUGAAGUUACAUUAAAAGCUUUAAAAACCCUGAGACGUGUGGGUAAUGUCGGGGAAGAUGAUGUGUUACCAGAAAUAUCGCAUGCUGGUGAUGUUUCCACAACACUGGGCGUCAUCAAGGAAUUACUGGAACCUGAAAAAGUGGCCCCAAGGUUCACCAUUGUGGUUGAGUACAUAGCCGCGAUUGCCGCAAAUCUAAUUGAUGAAAGGAUCAUUGAUCAGCAAACGUGGUUUACACAUGUUACACCUUAUAUGACUAUAUUUUUACAUGAGAAAACUGCAAAGGAAAUACUAGACGAUUUCAGGAAAAGGGCAGUAGAUAAUAUUCCAGUUGGACCGAAUUUCCAAGACGAAGAGGAUGAGGGUGAAGAUUUGUGUAAUUGUGAAUUUUCCUUGGCAUAUGGUGCCAAAAUAUUACUAAACAAGACUCAAUUGAGGUUGAAGCGAGGUAGGAGAUAUGGUCUAUGUGGUCCUAAUGGUGCCGGAAAAUCCACUCUAAUGCGAUCCAUUGCUAAUGGCCAAGUUGACGGGUUCCCCACUCAGGAUGAAUGUCGCACUGUUUAUGUGGAACACGAUAUCGAUAAUACACAUUCGGACAUGUCCGUUUUAGAUUUUGUAUAUUCCGGCAAUGUAGGAACUAAGGAUGUUAUUACCUCGAAAUUAAAGGAGUUUGGGUUCAGCGAUGAAAUGAUAGAAAUGCCAAUUGCAUCCCUAUCUGGAGGUUGGAAAAUGAAAUUAGCUUUGGCGAGGGCUGUUCUGAAGGACGCUGACAUUCUACUAUUGGAUGAACCAACAAAUCAUCUAGACACUGUUAAUGUGGAGUGGCUGGUAAAUUAUUUGAAUACUUGCGGAAUUACAUCGGUGAUUGUCUCUCAUGAUUCUGGUUUUCUGGAUAAGGUUUGUCAAUACAUCAUACAUUAUGAGGGUCUUAAAUUAAGAAAGUACAAGGGUAAUUUAUCAGAAUUUGUUCAAAAAUGUCCUACGGCACAAUCAUACUAUGAAUUAGGUGCCUCUGACCUUGAAUUUCAAUUCCCAACUCCUGGUUAUCUAGAAGGUGUCAAAACGAAGCAAAAGGCAAUUGUUAAAGUAAGUAAUAUGACUUUUCAAUAUCCAGGGACAACUAAACCACAAGUCUCAGAUGUUACUUUCCAGUGUUCUCUAUCCUCAAGGAUUGCAGUUAUCGGACCUAAUGGGGCUGGUAAGUCCACUUUAAUUAAUGUUCUUACUGGUGAACUGUUACCAACCAGCGGUGAAGUAUAUACACACGAGAAUUGUCGUAUAGCGUAUAUUAAGCAGCACGCUUUUGCACACAUUGAAUCGCACUUAGACAAAACUCCAUCCGAAUACAUUCAAUGGAGGUUCCAAACUGGUGAGGAUAGGGAAACAAUGGAUAGAGCAAAUAGGCAAAUAAAUGAAAAUGACGCAGAGGCCAUGAAUAAAAUAUUUAAAAUUGAAGGGACCCCAAGAAGGGUUGCAGGAAUCCAUUCAAGAAGGAAAUUUAAAAACACGUAUGAGUACGAAUGUUCGUUUUUGUUAGGUGAGAACAUUGGUAUGAAAUCUGAAAGAUGGGUUCCAAUGAUGUCUGUCGACAAUGCUUGGCUACCAAGGGGCGAAUUGAUUGAAUCCCAUUCUAAAAUGGUUGCUGAAAUUGAUAUGAAGGAAGCUUUGGCUUCUGGUCAAUUCAGGGCUUUAACAAGAAAAGAGAUUGAAUUACAUUGCGCCAUGUUGGGGUUGGAUUCAGAAUUAGUCUCACAUUCAAGAAUUAGAGGUUUAUCGGGUGGGCAAAAGGUUAAAUUGGUACUCGCUGCCUGCACGUGGCAAAGACCCCAUUUGAUUGUUUUAGAUGAACCUACGAAUUACUUGGACAGAGAUUCAUUGGGUGCUCUUUCAAAAGCAUUAAAAGCUUUUGAAGGUGGUGUCAUUAUUAUUACGCAUUCGGCAGAAUUUACUAAGAAUCUGACUGACGAAGUUUGGGCGGUUAAGGAUGGGAAAAUGACACCCUCUGGCCAUAAUUGGGUUGCAGGACAAGGUGCUGGCCCAAGAAUUGAGAAAAAAGAAGAAGAGGGUGAUAAAUUUGAUGCUAUGGGUAACAAGAUUAAUAGUGGGAAGAAAAAAAGCAAACUCUCUUCUGCAGAAUUGAGAAAGAAAAAGAAGGAGAGAAUGAAGAAGAAAAAAGAGAUGGGUGAUGAAUACGUUUCUUCUGAUGAAGAUUUUUAA